GGCAUGCCCAAGAAGGCGCUUCCGGAGAAAAUCCACGGAGUGCCGUACGGAACCCAGAACGGCAAGCUGGUCCCGCAGAGAGGGACCCUGACCAUCCACGGCGGCAGGAAUUUGACACACAUGAUGGCUACGGCGCGUAAAUUCAUCUUCCGCCAGGGGUUGCCCUUGUAUAUGAAGGAACACGAUUCGGAGAGCCUGGCUCAGCAUCGCCAGCCUGGUGCAGCGGAUCCAUUCGCAGAGCCCACGUGGUCGGAUAAGAAUAUCAAGGUCUGGGUCAUGUCUAUUAGCCCGAAACCGCAAUCAAAUCCCCAGGACACCGCCUUCGUCCGGUCCAAGAGCCCCAGGAAGCGGAGCCAUGACGAGUUCCAAGAGAAUGAGGCUGCUUCGGGAGUAGCGGACCAGGUUAUCAGGGAGAACGUGGUUUCGAAUAUGUUCAACUCCUCAUGGUCACUGGAUGCUUUGCACGAGAGCAAGCUGGCAGACGUGCAGAUGCCCGCGGUCAUGUUUGUCCGGAACCCAGAAACCAAGGACCUAGAACGGUAUCAUGGCCCGGCUCCUGGGAGCAGCGAGCCGCUUCCUGACAUUACUGUGCUGGUGCGCAAACCUUGGCCAGGCGCCAAUGUGGAUAAAAUCCCUCCGACAACCUGGAAUGAGGACGCAAUCUCGUAUAUAGUCCGGAAUCACGAUAUCAGAGGAAAGUUCGAUAUCCAGAAAGCCCGGGCUCUGAAGGUUCCUAAGGGCCCUAGUUAUUCCAAAUUGACCAGCGGUGAAAGCGUUCUGAAUGAGGAUGGUGAAGUGAUCACGCCCGAUAUGGUCUUGGGUGCCCCCAAGGCCGGUAAGGGUGUCGCGAUUAUCGAUUUGCCUACUCCGGCCUAUGUGGAGAACCUGGUUAGCCGUCCUGAGUGGGACUCGCCUGCGGCAGCUUCCAAUAUGGAAGCCUUCAUCUGGAUUCUGGGACCAGGCGUGGGUGACCAUCCCAAACUGCGGGAAUUCGUCGCGAAGAUGUCGCAUUGCAAGCACACGGUUUCUAGCAAAGAUUAUUGCCCUAACUACUUGGCCAUGAAAGAGGUUGCCCAGUCGACGAUGCAGAUGGCUCAGCUCAGACCCGACAACUUUCCCAUGCCUGUCUAUGAUAAUGCAACCGUUCCACAAUCCGGGUCAUCUACUGAGGCAGUGGGUCAUUCGAGCGAACGUGCCCCCCUGGAGCCCUUGGAGCCUGGUUUGAUUAUCAACAUGGAACCCACUUCUGGAAUCAACACAUCCGAAGUGAUCCCGCAGUAUGAUCCGAAGAAUACACAGCUUACACUGCCGGAUGCGGUCAAGGCUCGAUUAGGAGCGAUCUCCAACCGGGUCCAGUCGCCAGCGUUCUUGGAAAGACUGCAUACGUUUCAGAAGGACCUUCCUGGUGCUGAUGUUGAAAUCACAACUCUGGGCACUGGCUCGUCUGUACCGUCAAAGUACCGCAACGUGUCCAGCACCCUUAUUUACGCACCUGGCUAUGGAUAUUAUCUUCUUGACUGCGGCGAGGGGACUCUUGGACAACUGCGGCGUAUCUUCGAGCCUGAGAAGCUGCGCGAGGUCUUCCAGAACAUGCGGAUGAUUUGGGUCAGUCAUCUCCACGCUGACCAUCAACUGGGCAUCGCGAAUGUGAUCAAGGCCUGGUAUGAGGUAAACUAUCCCAAGGGUGUGCCACGAACGGACUUUAUCGAGGAAGACAUGUCGAAAGUGUUGCAAGAUAAGCGCUUAUUUGUUGUAUGCGAAGAGAUGAUGACUACUUGGCUGGAGGAAUAUGCCAGUGUUGAAGACUACGGCUUCGGCAAGGUAGUCGCUUUGAGUGCUUAUCCCAUCCAGGUCAAGGGAGGUACUUUCGAAACUCAUUUUGUUUACCGCCACUGCCGCGUCGAUGGCACAUAUCCUGGACAGAAGGAGACUGGAGCCAAUCCCAAGACCACCACGCUUAGAUUCCAGGAUGAUCAGGACCCGCACUCGGCUCUUCUCCGCGAAGCCAUCGGCCUCUCUGACAUCCUACCCGCCCGAGUCCAGCACUGCCGUGGCGCCAUGGCCGUCUCCCUUGUAUACCCGGACGGCUUCAAGCUCUCAUUCUCUGGCGACUGCCGGCCCUCGCCCAGCUUCGCACUCACAGGCCGCGGCUCGACGGUCCUCAUCCACGAAGCCACCUUCCAAGACGACAUGGCCGGAAGCGCCGUAGCCAAGAAGCACUCUACCUUCUCCGAGGCCAUGGCGGUCGCGCGGCAAAUGGAAGCCCGGGCCCUCCUCCUCACCCACUUCAGCCAACGCUAUCAGAGACUCACCACAAUGGACUCGGACAACGACGACACCUCGCCAAAGUCCCGGCCCACAAACCGCCGACAAGGCUCCGGCACCCUACGAACCAAGGACGUCCCGGACGACGACGACGACGCGAUGGAGACCGAGGAACCCGACAACAGCACCCCGCAACUCGACGGCCGCGACGCAAACACCGGCGACGGCGUGAUCCGGUACGUAGCCAGCGACGAAUCAGCCAAUGGCGCAAACACCCCCAGCUUGCCCGGUUUCACACCCAGCGACACCUACCGCGGGCCCUUCGUCACCGCCUUCGACUACAUGCGCGUCCGUGUCGCCGACUUCCCCAUCUUCCAGGCCUACGUCCCGGCCAUCGAGAAGCUCUUCAUGAUCCUGGAACAAGCUUCCACCGCCGCUAAUGCGGAGAACGCUCGGCAGGUCACCGAGGCGCAAACUCAGAAAAGACAGGCCAAGGCCGCGAAUGCGAAGGCUUGGAAACGCGGUGGCGCCGGCGGUGGUGGUGGUGGUGGGCGUGCCAAAUCACCUGUCCGGGACGGGUUCAAGUCUAAAUCCGUUGCUGCGAAAUUGGCUCUUGCUAAGCAUGGCUCCUCGGCUGAUUAGUUGGG